GCUAAGGUACAUAUAUUUACAAAUUCAUAGCUAAGGAAUUUAGAGAAUCAAAAUGGAGUAGUUUGGGUGAAGAAUAUAUUGAUAUUGGUUUAAAGUCAUGAAUAAUACGCCAAAAGUGUCCACUUCGUCUGCAUCGGGUGGUAGAAGACCAAGAAAUUACAAAGUUGUGAUAUUAGGAGAGGGAGGGGUGGGAAAAAGUGCCUUGGUCAUCCAGUUUGUGAGCCACAAAUUUACUGAUUACCAUGACCCUACAAUAGAGGACUCCUACCAACAGCAGGCAAGGAUCGACGAUGAGCCGGCGCAGCUUGAUAUACUCGAUACAGCAGGCCAGAUGGAGUUCACCACCGUGCGAGAGCAGUACAUGCGGCACGGGGAAGGGUUUAUCCUGAGUUACUCAAUAACAGAUAGACGGAGUUUCGAGGAAGUUCUCGCACACAAAACCUUGAUUGAUAGGGUGCGGUGUAACGAGAACAUACCCAUCAUCAUCACCGGUAACAAGUGUGACCUGGAACAAAAAAGAAAGGUAUCAACAGAAGAAGGGAGAAGACUAGCGCACCAGCUGGGGGCGCCGUUCUUUGAGACGUCUGCUGUCCUUAGACAAUGUGUUGAUGAUGUGUUUCAUGGCAUAGUUCGUGAAAUACGAAACAAAGAACAUGCUGAACUAAUUGCUGCUGAAAAACUGGCCAAAAAAAGACUAAAGAAAAAGCGUGUGCAUAAUUUCUUAAACAGACUGAACUUGUUUCGACGGCGGUCACCUAGUUUAGAUGCCUUGGAUACUUGAAGUGUUUAUGUGCAUGCAUGCUUCUUUACCUUUGUAAUAGAGUGUAGAAACCAGUAGGUCGGUUAUCUAAAUCGGUUGUGAAGAUCUAGCGUUACAACUGUGCUAGAAUUUACUCUAGAUCAAUAUACAUGUAGUCAUAAAUUAUCUGUUUGUGCGUAAGUCAGUGUAAAUGGAAAAUAGUAUUUCUAAUAUUUUCAAAACAAUCAGAUUUACAUUGAUAAAGACCUGAAUGAGAAAUAUUUAUUUUGCCUUGUAGAACAAUAUAGGAAAAAGAACAAAAUUGUGUUUUUUUUAAUCAGAUUUCUAUCAGUGUUUAGUAUUUCAAAGGGCCUGCAUUAAUUAUGCAUAAUAAAAGAAACAUUGAAUCCAAACAUGGUUUCAUAAUAUAUUUCUUUUAAGAAUUGCUCCAAUGAAUAAUAACCAUAAUGAUUUUGUGCAAGAAAAAACCUUGUGUAUUUUUUAUAAUGAUGCAUUAUAUGUUGAAUCCAAAUAGAAAUUGCUUAAUAAAUGUACGUUGUUAGUUAUACAUGUAUAUUGUACAUGGUUUUGGUCAUAACAUCAUGACCAUUAUGUGUGACAUAUGACAACUACAGUUUUCCAUUUUCACUUUUGAAACAUAUUUAAGUUAUUGGCCAGUUUACAUAGUACACUUUGUUUAUUGAAUUCAACUACAUUUACUAUGAGUCUGUAGAUUGACAUUAUGUGUUCGCCAGCAUGGGUUGCGGAAUACAAAACAAGGAACAUGCUUAACUUUAUGCUGCAAAAAUAGGUAAAAAAAUACUAAAGAUGUAAGCGAGUGCAUGCAUUCUUAAACAGACUAAACUAUUCAAGUUAUUUAUAUAAGUUUAAAAUUACUAAAGUCACAAAUUUUUAUUGUGAACAGUACUUGACCCCAAAGGUUAGUUGUAAUUAAACAUGACAGAUCACAACUUGAUAUGGCAUUCUGAGACAUACAAUACUAAAGUGUUCAUGUUAAACCAUUGAACACAUGUAUUAUAAAUGGAUAUCAUUUAUAUUAAUCAUACCUCAUCAUCUUUAAAAUGCUGUUGAUUUGUUGCCAGUACUCACCUCUUAUUAAUAACAUGAAUAUUAGUAUACCACAAUAGAUAUAACAUGCAUACAGCGGCCAUCUUAUCAACAAUUAUUUCCUACAAUCUAUUUUUGUACCUUUUAUUUUUGGAUUGUAAUAAGAUUUAUUUGGAAGCAAAUAGUAAGUCUUGUAAUGUUGCAUCAAGUUUAUUUAAAUUUGUACUUAAAUUUAUUUCUGACUCACGUUAAGUACCCAACUGUAAUUCUUCAUCCUACCAUUUAAUUUUUGUUGUACGACUUUUGAUAAAAUUUUGUCAUGAAAGUAGAACAAUAGUUCAUGACGUAAUAAUUUGUUUAUUUAAAAUGGCAUACUUGCAAUAUUGUUUUCUAUCUUGAAGUGCUCUAUUCUAGUCGGUUCACUGUUCUCAGCAGUGUGUUCAUAUUUAUGUAUCUGUUAUAAUAUCGUUUCUUGUUAUCACUAAUUAGAGAUUACAUUUUAAUAAACUUCAUUUUUGAA